GAGAGAAAAGUCGUUGUCUCUCGAAACAACGAGCUCAUCGAUGAAAUUUUCGGUAGAUGAGACAGCUUCGUUGCCGUUGUACGCUAGGUUGUUGCAAGAGGAGCGAAUUUUCUCCUCGCCAGAUCUCCUGCGCCAAUUCCUUUUCCCCGCGCUAAAUCCUUCUCCCUCGCGCGCGAAAUCGAUUCCAUGGCGCGAAGUUGCGCGCCAUUUGUUCCUUCGUGCUUCUUUCAGCUGCCGUCUCUCCCUCAUCCAACAAAUAGGAUCUGAAUCUCCUCUUGUGCCCACUUCCCACGGCAAUCCUCUCCCCGGCUCUCCGACGACCCAGGCCACGGUGCCCUGCCGGUGAAGCAUAUGGCACCACUGCCGCCUGCUGCCACAAACGGGCCGCGUCCCAAACGCCCGAACCCACUGCGCCCCUCCUCCUCGUCCCGGCCAGCAAGCUCGCCGGUGGUUACAGCAGCCCAGGCAGCAUCUCCAUCACCGACAUCAGCAUCGCAAGCUAUUCCAGGUUCAAUCGCUUCAUGGUUGCCCUUGCCUCCUGCCUUUAUGACAAGCUGUACUCCUUCAAUGGUGAACAUCUCAGAUCUGAAUGGCAUCAAUACUGGAAUCCAAGAGGGCAGUGAACUAGGUUCUCACGUGCCUGGUGAUUACUUUCAACAUUCAUCAGGCUACUCUUUUCCUGAAGAAAUUCAACGUCAGAUACCCAUGUCACCUAAUUUUAUUUAUGCUAGCGGCUCUGCUCCAUAUGCUCCAUUUGAGUCACCACAACCAUGGAUGGCCAAAGCUAAGUCAUCAGAUUCAGACCCUAAACAAGGCACUACACGUUCAGCACCUGACAAGCAAGCUGCUCCUGUUGUGGAUGUUGACAACACUGAUGCUAACGAAGGCAAUCCAAGCACAUUCUCAAAAAAAGAUGCAGGAGGAAGUAGGGCUGGGAUGAGGAUGAUAUGGACGCCUGAUGAGACCAUGAGAUUGGUCAGUGCUUGGUUGAAAAACUCAAACGAUCCAAUUAAAGGCAACUGGAAGAGAAAUGAUCAAUAUUGGGGAGCAGUAACUACCAUGUUCAAUAGCACAACCCCGAUCGUAUUAGAGAAGUUAAACAAUUGAAGGAACAAUGGCAUCGUGUGAACAGAACUAUUAAUGCCUUUCAAGGCUCUUGGAUGAAAGCACAGCGUCUUCGUGCUAGUGGAGAGUCUGAUGAGCAGGUAAUGGACAAAGCCAUGGCUUUUUAUGAGGCUGACUAUGAAGAAGGUCAGUUCAAACUCAUAGCUUGUUGGAAGAUUCUUCGAGAUCAACCAAAGAACAGAUGCCACUAAUCGAGAAGGGCUCUCCCCAUUGAUCAAGUGUACGGCAGCAAUGCGUAUGUUAGCAUAUGGCACCCCUGCAGACGCACUUGACGAGAACCUGAAGAUUGGAAAAAGUACAACAUUGAAGUGCUUGGGAAAUUUUGCGCAAGGCAUGAUUGAAACGUUCGGUCCAGAGUUUUUGCGCCCCCCUACAGUUGAAGAAACAGAGCGCAUACUACAAUUCAACGAGUCUCGUGGUUUUCCAGGCUUGCUAGGAAGCAUUGAUUGUAUGCAUUGGGUGUGGAAAAACUAUCCAGUUGCAUGGAGAGGACAAUACACCCGUGGUGAUAAGGGUGCUCCUACAAUGAUUCUUGAGGCUAUGGCUACACAUGAUCUUGGGAUAUGGCAUGGUUAUUUUGGCGUUGCUGGGGCUAACAACGACAUCAAUGUAUUAAACCACUCACCUUUGUUCAUACAAGCACUGAAGGGUGAAGCGCCUCAAGUGCACUUUUCUAUCAAUGGGACACAAUAUAAUAAUGGUUACUAUCUUGCUGAUGGAAUUUAUCCAGAGUGGAGUGCCUUUGUUAAAGCAAUAACGGCGCCUCAAAGUGAAAAAGAUAAGUUGUACGCACAAGCACAAGAAAGUGCAAGGAAAGACAUCAAGCGCGCAUUUGGAGUAUUGCAAUCUCGAUUUAAUAUUGUUGAUCGUCCAGCACGUAAGUGAAAAAUCAUGCAGGCUUGCAUUAUUCUGCACAAUAUGAUUAUUGAAGACCAAAGACAACAUGGCAGAACUUCUUUUGAUUUAAACUCAACUCCAGGGUCAUCAUUUGCUCUACCACCAGAAAUCAGUAUCGGAAGCAACAUGUGCUUUUCUGAAGUAUUACGAAGAAAUGCUGCAAUCCGCGCACGAGAGACACAUACCCAGCUUAGGAAUGAUUUAGUUGAACAUAUCUAGAAUCGUUCUCAGAAUAGGUAGACCAUUUAGACCUUGUUUUAGCAACAUGCGAUCCAUUUUUUCAAGUACUAUACAAUAAAUAUUUCGUUUGAAUGUC